CAGCAGCAGCAGCAUAAGCAGAGAGUAGAAGAAGAAGCGUAACCACGCUGAGAGGAGAACAGCAGCAGAAGCAAGAGAAGGAUAGAAAAUAGAGAGUGAAAUUACGAGAGAUUCGCGAAGAAAGAUCAAAGAGAAUUAAGUUCAAGAAAGGACAAAAUCAAAAUCAAAAUACGCCAUGACAAUCAUACUCUUCCUGGUGGACACCUCGUCGUCCAUGUGCCAGAAGGCGUAUGUGAAUGGUGUGCAAAAAACUUAUCUGGACAUUGCCAAGGGGGCGGUGGAGACGUUCCUUAAGUAUCGGCAGCGCACACAGGAUUGCCUCGGCGAUCGCUACAUGCUGCUGACCUUCGAGGAGCCGCCGGCCAAUGUGAAGGCCGGCUGGAAGGAGAACCAUGCCACAUUUAUGAACGAACUGAAGAACCUACAGAGCCACGGCCUCACCUCGAUGGGUGAAUCGCUGCGGAACGCUUUCGAUCUGCUCAACCUGAACCGCAUGCAGUCGGGCAUCGAUACGUACGGGCAGGGCAGGUGCCCCUUUUACCUCGAGCCCUCGGUGAUCAUUGUGAUCACGGACGGGGGCCGCUACUCCUACCGCAACGGUGUGCAUCAGGAGAUCAUACUGCCGCUGAGCAAUCAAAUACCCGGCACAAAGUUUACCAAGGAGCCCUUCCGAUGGGACCAGCGCCUAUUCUCGCUGGUCCUGCGCAUGCCCGGCAACAAGAUCGACGAACGUGUCGAUGGCAAGGUGCCGCACGACGACUCUCCCAUCGAGAGGAUGUGCGAGGUGACCGGCGGCCGCUCAUACCGCGUCCGCAGUCACUAUGUGCUCAAUCAAUGCAUCGAGAGCCUCGUUCAGAAGGUGCAACCGGGCGUGGUGCUGCAGUUUGAGCCGCUACUGCCCAAGGAUAGUGCCAGCGGCAGCAGCAGCAGUGGGACGAACGCCGGCGCAGGUGGUGGCGGCGGCGGCUCCGCGACACAGCAAUCGUCCUCAUCGUCAUCCUCCUCGUCCUUGUCGGAGCCCACACCGGACAUUGUCUUCCAGCCAAUCAAGAAGAUGAUCUACGUGCAGAAGCACAUCACACAGAAGACCUUUCCCAUUGGCUACUGGCCGCUGCCGGAGCCCUAUUGGCCGGACUCGAAGGCCAUCACACUGCCGCCCCGCGAUGCCCAUCCCAAGCUGAAGAUCAUGACGCCGGCGGUGGAUGAGCCGCAGCUGGUGCGCAGCUUUCCGGUGGACAAGUACGAGAUCGAGGGCUGCCCCCUGACGCUGCAGAUCCUCAACAAGCGGGAGAUGAACAAGUGCUGGCAGGUGAUCGUCACCAAUGGUAUGCACGGCUUUGAGCUGCCAUUCGGGUACCUGAAGGCGUCGCCCACCUUCUCGCAGGUGCAUCUGUAUGUGCUCGCCUACAACUAUCCGGCGCUGUUGCCCCUGCUGCACGACCUCAUCCACAAGUACAACAUGAGUCCGCCCAACGAUCUCAUGUACAAAUUCAAUGCCUAUGUGCGCUCCAUACCGCCGUACUACUGCCCCUUCCUGCGCAAGGCGCUGGUUAACAUCAAUGUGCCGUACCAGCUGCUGCAGUUCCUGCUGCCGGAGAAUGUCGACAACUAUCUGUCGCCGACCAUAGCCAAUCAGCUGAAGCACAUCAAGAACACCGCCAAGCAGGACCAGGAGAACCUCUGCAUGAAGGUCUACAAGCAGCUGAAGCAGGCCAAGCCCCCCUAUCGCCAGGUGGAGACGGCCAAACUCUGCACGGGCAUGGCCCUGCGUCGAGAUCUUGUGCGACAUCCGCUGCUGCGGGACACGUUCGCCAAGCUGCAUGCGGAGAUCGAGCCGGUGGAGAAUUACACGAUUGUGGUGCCACAGCUGACGCAUCAGGCAUCGGCCAAGACGUAUCGCAAUCCGUUUGAUAUACCCCGGCGGGAUCUGGUGGAGGAGAUAGCCCGCAUGCGUGAGACCUUCCUACGGCCCACGCUGCUGGUGGCCAAGGACUCGGGCCACUGUCUGCCCAUCUCGGAGAUGGGCAACUACCAGGAGUACCUCAAGAACAAGGACAAUCCGCUACGGGAGAUCGAACCGACCAAUGUGCGGCAGCACAUGUUCGGCAAUCCCUACAAGAAGGACAAGCACAUGGUCAUGGUGGACGAGGCGGAUCUCAGCGAUGUGGCGCCCAUGAAGUCGCCGAAUGGCAACGGUCCCGGCGGCUCACCGCCCGGCUCUUCGGGCUCUGGUUCGUCCGGCUCCUCGUCGUCCGGCACUUCAUCGAGUGGUGGGCCUGGGGGUCCCGGCAUGGGCGGCGGUCCCGGCGGCAUGUCCGGCCUAAUGCUGGGCCCCCAUUCGGCCAGCGGACUCGGCAAGAAGUUGGACGGAACCUCGCGAGGACGCAAGCGGAAAGCUGGUCCCCUGCCGCGUGGCUUUGAGUUCCGUCGCGCCUCCACGGACUCGCGUUCAUCCUGCUCCUCACCCCGCCCCUCGUCCCCGUCCGAUAGUGCACCCAGCUCGCCGAAUCCAGCGGCAACGGCGGCCUGCGACUCAUCCGCGUCUACGUCAGCGACCAGCACGGGCUCUGGGUCCGGCUCGGGCUUGACGGGAUCGGGUGCCAGCUCUGGGCCGGUAUCCGGCGGCCGUUCCAGUCCCAGCUGCUUCGAUGAGGACAGCAACAGCAGCUUCGCCAGCAGCUCCAGCAGCACGGAACCAUCGAGCGACUCGGGCCUGUCGCUUUCGCACUCGGAGCGCCUGGGGGGCAUUGGCUUUGACUUUAGCGAGGAGGAGACCAGCGACCAGGACACUGCCCUCAACGGCCACGUGCACAACUUCAUCAAUGGGAUCAGCGACGAGGCCAGUGCCGCGGACACAGAGGCCCCGCCCGGGCCCGGUCCAAGCCCUGUAGCCCCGCCACCCAGCAACGUCUUGCCAGCCGCUGCCGCACCCGAACCCAUUGUGACGGCCACAUUUGUGCCGGUCGUGGGCACAGCAGCAGCAGCAGCUGCGCCCCAGGCAACGGCAAGCGCUACGACAUCCGGAGUUGUAGUAGCAUCGACCGUGGCAGCCUCUUUGGUCACGCCUCCGCCGCUGCCGGCCGUUAGCAGCACCAGCAACGGUGGCCUGGGACUGUCCGGCGGUACGGGUGGCAGUGGCGGCGACACGCCCUGCUCCUCUGCGUCGGCAAACAACUCGAGCGGAGUGCUGUACGUGCCCCUGAACGGACUGACGACCACUCACGCGGCGUACAGCAGCAACCGAGGCGGCGGCACCACAUGUCCGUUGGGCUCCCACCUGAGCGGCCUGGGACCGGCGGGGAGUCACAGCCACAAGACUGGCAUCUCGCUGAUGUCGCUGUCCGGCGUACUGCCCAUGCUCAAUGGCUACACGCAUCAUGGUGGCACCCUGUCGCCACCCUCGCCCCUUGCUGCGGUCCCGCCAACGCCACUGGCGACUGCAACUCCAACGUCCGCCACUAGCAGCUGCACCGGUGCGGCAUCGGGAUCGGGAUCCUCUGGCUCCAGCUACUUCACCCACAAUGACAUCAAUGAUGCCUCUGAGAUCUCCAGAAUACUGCAGACAUGUCACAAUGGGACCAGCGGCUCUUCCGGCUCCGGUUCGGGCAGCGGAGGAGGAGGCGGCAGUGGGAGUGGCGGCGGCAGCAGCAGCAGCACCCUGAAUGGCAACGGCAGUCCGGAGCCAGAUGUAGGAGACGAUGGCGAAUCCCCGUUGUCCCUGGGUAUUGGAAAUAGUUUUGAUGCCCUGAAGCGGCUGGCAGGAGGCGGCGCUGCGAGCAGUCCCCAUUUUUACUGGGGCAGCGGACUCAAUCAUUUUAUCAACAACAACAACAAUAGCGGCAGCGGAACAGCAGCCGCCACUGGGAAUAACAACAGCAGCAUUAGCACCAACAAUCACCGGAAUCACAACAACAAUAGCCCCAUGAAGACGGACAUCAAGUCGAGUCCAAGCUGCAGCUCCUCGCCGACGCACAACAGCAACAGCAAUAGCAACGGGGAGGUGAGUGCCGCAGCGCUGCCCAUACUGUCGGAGGAGCAGCGGGAGGCGGCGCGUAGGCACAACAUUGAUCUGCGGCUAAAGAUCUUUCGGGAUAUACGGCGGCCGGGACGCGACUACAGCCAACUGCUGGACAACCUGGGGCUGGUGAAGGGCGAUCACGACAUGAGGUCCGAUUUCGUGGAGAUGUGCAUUGGGGAGUCGCGACGGUUCCGGCGGCACCGCAUGGUCGGCAGUAUUCAGGAGUGGUGGGACCAGUGGCAGCAGUCGCAGCCGGCCAUCGAUCAGCAGCAGCAGCAGCAGCUGCAGGAGCAGUCCCAGCAGCCACAGCAGCAACAGCAGGAGGCAGCCGCCGCCGCUACCAAGAGUUAACGUUGGCUCUUUUGGAACUGCUGAGCCCGAGCGGUAUUCGCCUGGGCUUGGGCGUGGUCGAGGGCGUGGCCAUGGCCAAGGGCGAGGCCGUGGGGCGCCAUCAGUCUGUGAUGUCAUCAAAAGCAACAACAACAACAAAAACAACAACAAGGAGAACCGUAUAAACCGUAUGAUAACAAAUAGGAGAAAGAAACCGUAAAAACCGUACACGUAAAUCUUAACUUAACAAUAGCCGUAAUGAAUAACAGUAAAAGUAUAAAUUAAACAGUAUAAGAGAGACACAGCGAGAGAGAGACAGAGAGAGAGAGAGCAAGUACAACGGUAAACGAAAGGCAUUGAAUUCUCGUCAAUUUCCAUUUAUGUAAAUAAUUGCCAGAAAUCCCCUCCCCCGUUGUCGGAUCUUAAUCCGGAGAUAUAGGCGAGAGCGGAACCGCAAAAAAAAUUUGAUGUGUAUAUGGGGCAAUAUCUCUAGUUCGUAAGGGACACUCUCUCAUUCUCGAGACAUAUAUUUCUGAGUAGGCCAGAACGUAGAGGAAGGGCAAAGGCGAACGGCAAGGUAUAUAUUCUCUAAGAAAAAACAAAAAAUUGUAAUUAUAUCGUAACGAUUUUUAGCCUAAGCCGUAGCUUGAAUACUGUACAACCCUUACAAUAUUUUGCAGUUUUUUUUUUUUAUUAUUAUGAUUAUUAUACACAUAUACACAUAUAUACAUAUAUAUAUAUAGAGGAUAUAUUUAAUAUAAUGUAAUCCCCUGAUCCAAUUCGUACACCUAAGGUCCCCAAAGCAAUUACUAUAAAUAGACUUAUAACUCGAUAUAGUGUUUAUAAGAGGAAGAAGAGAACGUGUAACAUUUGUAUAAGAGAGAGAGAGAGAGAGAGAG